AGAAAGAAAAGGUCGAAUUCAAGAUAGAUUCAUAGUAAUGCAGCCCCAGUCAGGUUUCGACACGUGGCAUCACGUGUCGUAUAGACAUUCCGCGUACGUUUAGUCUUUGCCUCUUUCCCCUUUGAUAAUACAAACUCCUUUUUGGUAAUUUUGUUUCUCCUCUCUCAUUAUCAUUCUCACAAAGCGUCCACGGGGUUCAUUUGCUUACAAAGAGCUAAGAAGACUCGAGAACAUCACAGAGUCGCAAAUAAUUCGAAACCCAGAAAAAGAGGCACGAAGAACACUUUAUUCAGAGAAUCAAGAAACCGCUUAAUAGAGUCAGUAUAUUAAACAAGAUGGUGAGUGAAGGAGGAGGAUCAGUUAGCCUAUGCUUCGAGAAGAUGGAAGGAAUCGUGAUCACCGAGUGGAAAGACAUCCCUGUGGAGCUUCUCAUGAGGAUCCUUAACCUUGUUGAUGAUCGGACGGUCAUCAUUGCUUCUGGUGUUUGCUCUGGCUGGAGAGAUGCUAUCUCCUUUGGUCUCACUCGUCUCUCCCUCUCUUGGUGCAAGAAGAACAUGAACGGUUUGGUUCUGUCUCUAGCUCCAAAACUCGGUAGGCUUCAGACUCUAGUACUAAGACAAGACAAACCGCAACUCGAAGACAACGCAGUGGAAGCCAUAGCGAAUCACUGUCACGAGCUACAAGAUCUUGACCUAAGCAAAAGCUUGAAACUCACUGACCAUUCCCUCUAUUCUCUAUCUCGCGGUUGCACUAACCUCACUAGCCUCAACCUUAGCGGCUGCACUUCGUUCAGCGACUCUGCUCUGGCGUACUUGACAAGGUUUUGCAGGAAGCUCAGAGUUCUGAAUCUUUGUGGUUGUGUGGAAGCUGUAUCAGAUAACGCAUUGCAGGCUAUUGGAGAGAACUGUAGUCAAAUGCAGUCGCUAAACUUGGGGUGGUGUGAGAAGAUAAGUGAUGAUGGAGUCAUGAGUUUAGCUGAUGGCUGUCCUGAUCUAAGAAGCCUUGAUCUUUGUGGCUGUGUACUUAUUACAGAUGAGAGUGUGGUGGCUUUGGCGAAUCGCUGUGUACACUUGAGGUCAUUAGGGCUAUACUACUGCAGAAACAUAACCGACAGGGCCAUGUACUCGCUGGCUCAGAGCGGAGUGAAGAACAAACAUGAGUUGUGGAGAUCAGUAAAGAAAGGCAAAUUCGAUGAAGAAGGACUAAGAAGCCUUAACAUUAGCCAAUGCACUUACCUCACACCUUCAGCGGUUCAAGCGGUCUGCGAUACUUUCCCUGCGCUCCACACUUGUUCAGGCAGGCAUUCACUUGUUAUGAGUGGUUGUCUGAACUUAACCUCGGUUCAUUGUGCUUGCAUCCUCCAGGCUCACCGCGCACACACACACUCUGCUUUACCUCACUCUGCUCAUUGAACUAGUGUGUAAAGACAAGAGGGGCCCUCUCUCUCUCUCCCUGGGCAUGUGUACAUACAAGCCUAGAGGUUAAAUAAAUAAAGGCUUGUUUGUUUGAGUUUUUUUCUUCCAAUCUUUGACCAUGCAAGUUAACCGUGAACUGAGUACAAAGUAAAUUACCUUUUCAGUUCUAACAAAUUUAUAAACAUCUGCAUGCAUAGAAUCUUCUGUAAUUGUUCCAUCAAUAAUAUAUAAAUAUCCAGACUCCAGAUUACCUA